CCCAUCCAGUGUCCUGGAUAAGAAAACCUCCAAAUACUACCGACCUCCCGCCAAGUUUAGCCGAACAUCUGCCAUCCAUGGCAUUGGCUAUUGCUUCCUCCGUUAUUUCUAUCCUUCCUCUAUCAAGGGAUAUAGCCCGAAGAUCCUCACCAUUGAUCAUCACGAGUGGGCCACGACCAAGAACACGUGUCCAAGCAACCAAAGGCGUGUCUAGUGUGUGUCAACCCCUUCCCCCUGAUAGACCUCUAUGGUUUCCUGGAAGUUCCCCUCCUGAGUGGCUUGAUGGCAGUCUUCCUGGAGAUUUCGGCUUCGAUCCACUUGGAUUAGGGUCCGAUCCAGAGCUCCUCCAAUGGUUCGCCCAGGCCGAGCUCAUGCACAGUAGGUGGGCCAUGCUCGCAGUAGCCGGUAUCCUCAUACCCGAAUGGCUCGAGCAACUGGGCUUCAUCGAAGACUUCUCAUGGUAUGAUGCUGGGGCCCGCCAAUACUUUGCGGACCCCACCACUCUUUUCAUAGUUCAAAUGGGCCUAAUGGGCUGGGCUGAGGGCAGAAGAUGGGCUGACCUUAUCCAGCCCGGGAGCGUCGAUAUCGAGCCCAAAUUCCCAAACAGGAAGAACCCGAAACCAGAUGUGGGCUACCCGGGUGGGUUGUGGUUCGACCCCAUGAUGUGGGGUCGAGGUUCACCCCAGCCGGUGAUGGUGUUGAGGACCAAAGAGAUAAAGAAUGGACGGCUGGCAAUGCUUGCUUUUGUGGGCUUUUGGUUCCAAGCCAUUUACACAGGUGAAGGCCCACUAGACAAUCUGACGGCCCACCUAGCAGAUCCGGGACAUUGCAACAUUUUCUCGGCAUUCUCUUCCCACUGAAUGAAUGUUAGGAAGGAGAGAAGGAUGCCAUGAAAAUAUCAAGAUCGAGGUGAAAUAUCAACAUUUUCGGCGUUAAUUACAGAUUAUUUUCAGGUUUAAUGGUUAAUUACAUUGUAAAUAUCCAAAACCCUCCAAAAAAAAAAAAGAACUUAAUUUCAUUUGCUAACUGCAUGAACAAUGAGAAUAUCUUGAUUUUGAUAAUUGGUGUGUGCACUGUGCAAGAGCAUCACAUGGUACUUCUUCUGGUAAAAUAGAAUGUAUGACCUUUCAAGGGUCAUUUGAUUUGUGUGA